AGCCGCUCCUCCCGACUACGAGUUCAACGUGUGGACGCGACCGGACUGCGCCGAGACAGAGUUCGAGAACGGGAACAGGUCGUGGUUCUACUUCAGCGUCCGUGGAGGGACUCCAGGGAAGCUCAUCAAGAUCAACGUCAUGAACAUGAACAAGCAGAGCAAGCUCUAUUCCCAGGGCAUGGCCCCCUUCGUGCGCACGCUGCCCACGCGGCCCCGCUGGGAGCGCAUUCGCGAGCGGCCCACCUUUGAGGCGAGUUCUCGAGAGGCGAGCGCACGCGUGCUCCGAGGGGCGAGCCGCUCUACAGAAUCUCACCAGCACUGCCAUAGCCCCCUGGACACCAUCUACUACCACCGGGAGCUCCUGUGCUACUCUCUGGACGGACUCCGUGUGGAUCUGCUCACAGUCACUUCCUGCCAUGGACUUCGAGAAGACAGAGAGCCUCGUCUAGGGCAGCUAUUUCCUGACACCAGCACUCCACGACCAUUCCGCUUCACGGGCAAGAGGAUAUUCUUCUUAAGCAGCAGGGUGCACCCUGGGGAGACUCCCUCUAGCUUUGUCUUCAAUGGUUUUCUGGACUUCAUCCUUCGACCUGAUGACCCCCGGGCCCAAACUCUACGUCGCCUCUUUGUCUUUAAGCUGAUUCCCAUGUUGAACCCCGAUGGCGUGGUCCGGGGACACUACCGCACGGACUCGCGAGGGGUGAACCUGAACCGCCAGUACCUGAGGCCUGAUGCUGUCCUGCACCCGGCCAUCUAUGGGGCCAAAGCCGUGCUGCUCUACCACCAUGUGCACUCUCGUCUGGGCUCCCAGAGUCCCCGCCCCCCUCCUGACGCUCUUCUGUCUGACCUUGAGAGGGCCAACAAUCUCCAGAACGAAGCUCACCUUGGGCACGCAUCCAGCGGGGAGAGCCCUGAGGUCUGGGCCCAGGCGGAGCCAGCAGAACAGAAGUCCGGCAGUGUCUGGAUUCUGCCCCAGCCAUCUGCUGAGCCUGACGAGCCAGCCCCUGACACCAUUCCCCCCAGGGAGAGUGGCGUCGCGUACUACGUGGACCUGCAUGGGCAUGCUUCUAAAAGGGGCUGCUUCAUGUACGGAAACAGCUUUAGUGAUGAGAGCACCCAGGUGGAGAACAUGCUGUACCCAAAGCUCAUCUCCUUGAACUCAGCCCACUUCGACUUCCAGAGCUGCAACUUCUCAGAGAAGAACAUGUACGCCCGUGACCGCAGGGAUGGCCAGUCGAAAGAGGGAAGCGGCCGUGUUGCCAUCUACAAAGCCUCAGGGAUAAUCCACAGCUACACACUUGAAUGCAACUAUAACACCGGACGCUCAGUGAACAGCAUCCCUGCUGCCUGCCACGACAACGGGCGUGCCAGCCCCCCUCCCCCUCCAGCCUUCCCAUCCAGAUACACAGUGGAACUGUUUGAGCAGGUGGGACGGGCCAUGGCCAUCGCGGCUCUGGACAUGGCAGAAUGUAACCCGUGGCCCCGAAUCGUGCUGUCGGAGCACAGCAGCCUCACCAACCUGCGGGCCUGGAUGCUGAGGCAUGUUCGCAACAGCCGAGGCCUGAGUGGCACCCUGAGUGUGGGUUUUGGCAAGAAGAGGGGCUCUCGGACUCCACCCAGAAGCCGCAAUAUAUUGCCCGUUUCCUGCUCUGAAAACACCUUGAGCCGAGCACGCAGCUUUAGCACUGGCACGAGUGCUGGUGGUAGCAGCAGCAGCCAGCAGAACUCUCCACUGAUGAAAAGCUCCCCCAGCGCUCCUUUUCAUGGCAGUCGGCCUGCAGGGCUGCCAGGCCUGGGCGCCAGCACCCAAAAGGUCAGCCACCGGGUGCUGGGCCCCGUCAGAGAGCCCCGCAGCCAAGACAGGAGACGGCGGCAGCAGCCACUGAACCAUCGUCCUGUGGGCAGCCUGGCUCCACCACCAGCUUCUGCUAACUCUGGCCCAGCCCCCUCACGCAACCUGGGCUCCUGCCUUCUGCCCAGUUCGCUCAGCAUACCAGGGAGCAGCUGCUCCCUCCUGUCCUCGGGGGACAAGCCAGAGGCUGUCAUGGUGAUCGGGAAAGGUCUCCUUGGGACUGGAGCUCAGAUACCCUGCAUCAGGACUCGGCUGCAGGCUAGGCCCGGGCUGGGCCGGGGCUCACCGCCGACUGGCAGAAGGAUGAGAGGCAGUUCGGGCCCCACCUCCCCUGUCCCCCGGACCAGGGAGCGCAGCAAGCCAGAGCCAGGAUCCUGCUCGGCCACACCAGGGCUGCCUCAGGCCAGGCCCCCACGGCCCCACUCUGCCCCUGCCUCUUCUGUUUCCUGGAGUCCCUUGGACUCCCCAUCCUGGACUUGUUAUAGCCAGGGUCCCUUGGGCCAAUCUGAGGUUUGUUUUGUUCCCAAGUCUCCCCCACUCACUGUUUCUCCCCGAGUCUGACCAUGCCUUCAUGCCCAGGACGUAGCCCCAAGACGGGCUAACUAGUUCCCUCCGAGCCGCCGAUUCCCUGUGACAGCUCAACUCCUUGGGAAGGCGGCCACAAGGUCUAAGACACUGCAGGGCGUUGCCUUGGACAAAAUGGGGCCCUGCCACCCUCUCCCUCCCUCCUCGGCACAAAGUUUUGGGACCACAGAAGAGUAUAUCUAUAUUUUUAUAUGGGGGGGAGGGAAUAAAAAGCAAGCAGCCCCUCUACUGGACCCUACUCAGGGGCAGCUUCUUGUUCCAUGGGGUCAGGAAAGACUUUGAAGAAAUAAAAGUUAUUUGGAAA